CUCGCCUUCUCCAGCCUUUGUUUCCCGAAUCACCGGUAUUGGUAUAUCUUCAUCUCGCAAAUAAAAAACCUAGAAAAAGCUUACCGGAGAGGCUCAUACCACGAUCGGAUUCGGAAUCUGUAUUCCCAGUUAAUCAACAAUGGUUUCUUCUUUCAGUGGCGAUGAAACUGCUCCUUUCUUCGGCUUCCUCGGGGCCGCUGCAGCUCUUGUAUUUUCCUGCAUGGGUGCUGCAUAUGGGACUGCAAAGAGUGGAGUCGGAGUGGCCUCCAUGGGAGUUAUGCGGCCAGAGCUUGUCAUGAAAUCUAUAGUUCCUGUAGUUAUGGCUGGAGUGUUGGGUAUUUAUGGGUUGAUCAUCGCUGUUAUUAUUAGUACCGGAAUUAACCCAAAAGCAAAGUCUUACUAUUUGUUUGAUGGGUAUGCACAUCUGUCUUCUGGACUUGCUUGUGGACUUGCUGGUCUGUCCGCAGGUAUGGCAAUUGGGAUCGUCGGUGAUGCUGGUGUUCGGGCCAAUGCACAACAACCUAAGCUCUUUGUUGGAAUGAUUCUCAUCCUCAUCUUUGCUGAGGCACUUGCCCUCUACGGUCUUAUUGUUGGUAUCAUCCUCUCAUCUCGGGCAGGCCAAUCUCGUGCAGAUUAAAGGAUGCCAAGUUGAUCCUCUGUCUUUGAAUUUAUCAUUCAAAAUGUUUCAAGGAGAUUUUGUUUCUAUGUUACUUCUGUCAUUGUCAAACUGAACCCGUAUUGUAUUUUAUUGAGUGAUGGUAAUGAGCAGGUUUUAUGACAAACCUCCAUGCUCGCCUCCUGUUGCUGUUGCCCUUUGUGUGAUAUUCUUUCUAAUUCUAGUCAGUUACUAGAGUUGUGGACAAAAGCUCUCCAUGCACAUUCCAUUGAAAAUGACCUAUUUCUAAAUAAAUACUGUCAAAUUACAGGCUCUA